AUGGUAGAACCUGUAAAAUAGGAAACAAAAAAAGGAAACAAAAAGGAAAAUAACAUCAAAACACAAAAAGAAGAAUUAUCAAAAGUAAUUCAUCGGAUUCGUGUACUCGUUUAGCAAGCACGUCAAUGGCAUCAUCAUUCCCUUCCUCUGCUCUCUUUCUUUUUCUUUGACUCCAAAUUUGUUUUUGUCUCGUUUCCGUUUAUAUUAGAUUUUUUUAUUGUGAAAUUAGAUCAGAAAAAGCAAAUAAUUAAUCUACCACGUCUUAAGAAAAUGGCUGGAGGUGGAGGUGGAAGCGGAGAAAGUCCAAGACAGCUAGAUCAGACCCCGACUUGGGCCGUUUCUACUGUUUGUGGUGUUAUCAUCUUAAUCUCUAUUAUUUUGGAACUUAUAAUUCACAAAAUUGGUGAGGUUUUCGAGCGAAAGAGGAAAAGAGCUUUGUUCGAAGCUCUUGAAAAGAUAAAAAAUGAGCUCAUGGUUUUAGGAUUUAUUUCUCUACUUCUAACAUUUGGACAAAAUUUCAUUGCGAGCAUUUGCGUUCCGUCAAGAUAUGGCCAUGCGAUGUCGUUUUGUGGUCCAUACGACGGGCCUAGUGAUGGUGAUGAUAAAAAAUUUAAAAAAGCAGCUCACGAAAUGCAUCUUCAACGUCGUUAUUUGGCCGAUGCUGCUCCAGUGAAUUGCAAAAUUGGUUAUGUGCCCCUUAUAUCGCUGAACGCGUUACAUCAAGUGCAUAUUUUCAUAUUUUUUCUGGCCGUGUUUCAUGUGAUAUACAGUGCAAUAACAAUGAUGCUUGGAAGAGCCAAGAUUCGCGGUUGGAAAGUAUGGGAGCAAGAGGUUAUCCAUGAACAAGAAAUGCUAAAUGAUCCAUCAAGAUUUAGACUCACGCAUGAGACAUCAUUUGUACGAGAACAUGUCAAUCAUUGGGCCAGCAAUAAAUUCUCCUUCUACAUUAUGUGCUUCUUUCGUCAGAUACUCAGAUCGGUGAGAAAAUCUGACUAUUUGACAAUGCGACAUGGGUUCAUCAGUUCAGCACAAAUACCUGAGCUAUGGGCAUUUGUGAUGCUGUUUUUACUCUUUGAUGUUCACGGUUGGUAUAUUACUGCCGUAAUCACCAUGGUUCCUCCUCUGUUAACACUAGCCAUAGGAACAAAGCUUCAAGCCAUUAUAUCAUACAUGGCACUGGAGAUUCAAGAGAGGCAUGCAGUAAUUCAAGGGAUGCCACUUGUCAAUGUUUCUGACCAACAUUUUUGGUUUGGCAAACCCGCUCUAAUACUUCAUAUGAUCCACUUCGUUUUGUUUCAGAAUGCUUUUGAAAUUACCUACUUCUUUUGGAUAUGGUACGAAUUCGGGUUAAGGUCAUGUUUUCAUCAUCAUUUUGGCCUUAUAAUCAUUCGUGUAUGUCUAGGGGUUGGAGUACAAUUCCUAUGCAGUUAUAUCACACUACCCCUUUAUGCUCUCGUCACUCAGGCAAGCCACAAAUGUAUGGGAUCAACAAUGAAGCGAUCAGUGUUUGAUGAACAAACGUCAAAGGCAUUAGAACAAUGGCAUAAGAAGGCAAAAAAAAAGAAUGAAAAGUGAGAGAAUAAUUUUCCUUUUCUUUCCAUUAAUGGAUUUUGUCUUAACUGAAUCUUAAAACAAAAGGUGAUGUCUACAUACAUUUGUUUGGCAGCAUAGGCUUUAGCUAUGUGAUAUUUUUUGGUUCCAUAAUAAGUGGGUUCAAAAAUAAAUAAACCAUUAAGACAUAUUAGUGUAUAAUUAUAUGGUUAGAAUAUAAGUAUUAAAUAUUCAAAAUAUCUCUAAAAAG